UAGAAGUUCCAGGAACACUCGUCUGGGAAAAAGAACGAGCAACUCUCCCUCUAACUUGUGUUCUAAGAUCUGUUGCUGAUUGUGAUUUUGGAAGAGCAGGACAAUACUCUGGUAAGGGUGAUUUUUCACUGAUCGGAGCAGAAACAGAAACUAGUAUUGGACUAAGUUGUUUGCCAAUUUUUUUGUUAGAUUUGAAUUUACUAAAAGCUAAAGGUGUGAUUGAGUUAGAAACAUGA